AUGUCUGCUCCCCCAGUCCAACCGAGAGAGCCGGUCAAAGACCUACAGAAGGUCUUUCACUACACGGAUACAAUGACCCGCAAGCCAACCCGAGAUAACGACCCGUACGAGUACCAGGCAGGGUUUGGAAACCGUCACCAGUCUGAGGUCAUCCCCGGAACUCUACCAGCGGGACAAAACAACCCCCAGGAAUCCCGCUUCGGUCUGUAUACAGAGGGCAUCACAUACUCGGCAUUUGCAGCCCCACGGCAUGCCAACUUCAGCACCUACAUGUACCGGGUGCGACCGGCUGCAGCACACAACGGCUACAAGGCCAAUAUUCCACACAAAGCAGAUAUCGAGAACUGCUUUCUCACGCUCAACCCUAAGGUCACAACAUUGGCAGAACAAGGCGAAUGGGCGCCAUUUCCAUUGCCCACGGAGCAGGAGAAGAUAGACUUCGUCGACGGGCUGCAUACUGUGGGCGGAAGCGGAGACCCGAACCUGCGCGAGGGUAUCGCCCUAUAUGUCUUCAUGAUCAAUGCCGACAUGGACCACCGUGCCUUCUGCAACACCGAUGGAGACUUCCUCCUCGUGGCCCAGCUCGGCAACCUGGACAUCCAGACUGAGCUGGGGAAGUUGUUCCUGCAGCCCGGUGAGAUCUGUGUCAUUCCUCGUGGGAUCCGGUUUGCAGUGCGGCGGGGUCCUGGUCAUUCAGUGGCUCGGGGCUAUAUCACUGAGAUCUGGGGGUCUCGAUGGGAGCUGCCGGAUCUGGGACCUUUGGGAGGACAUGGGUUGGCGAACCCUCGAGACUUCUUGCAUCCAGUGGCGUAUAUCGAUGAGAACUUGCACGAGGACUGGUCGAUUGUAAACAAGGCGAACGGGAUAUACAACGCCAUCGAGCAGGACCAUAGCCCUUUCGAUAUAGUUGCCUGGCAUGGCAAUGUCGUUCCGUAUAAGUAUGACUUGACCAAGUUCUCGUCCCAGAACGCCACGUCCAUUGACCACACCGACCCAUCCGUGAACUGCGUGCUUACUGCUCCAUCUCGCGACCCCGUCACGCCGCUGGCCGAUUUUCUUUGGUUUGGACCGCGGUGGGACGUGGCAUCCAACACCUUCCGCCUCCCAUACUUCCACCGAAACUCGGCCACCGAGUUCCUGGCGUGUCUGUAUGGCAGCGGGCUGGGCCGUUCCGACGAGUUCCUGCCCGGCGGAGGCAGCGUGGAGAUCAGCCACACGCCGCACGGCAAUUUCAGUGACGCUUAUGUGUAUGAGAUGAGAAACCAGGUGAACGAGCCUCGGAAGAUUCUUGAAAAUCAAAUGACUAUCAUGAUUGAGAGCAGCCGGUCAUUUUUGUUCACGGAGUAUGCCCGUACAGGCUGCGGGACCUUCAAGAAUCAAGGAACAGACCCAAAGGUUUGGGAUGCUCUGCCGGACAAAUUCUCCUCGUACCCUCAUAUUCAAGAUAUCCUGAAGCAGGUCAAGGCGGAUAAUGAGGCGCGCAGACAGCGCUUGGACACGUACUACGACGAUGCCCGCUUGGCCGAGUGGGCGGGGAGGAAAUCAUGUUAG